AUGAUAAGCAGGGAAUUAAAUAUAUAUGAAAAACUCGAUAAAAUUCUAUCGGAUGUAUUAAGAAAAAUAGAUGAAGAAUUUAAAAACUUAGGUGAAAAGCAGAAUGAACAUAUAUAUAGAAAAUUUUAUGAGUUAUUUAAUAAGGAAAGUUAUAUAGAAAAGUUAAAUCAUAAUGAUUUAAUAAAAACUUAUAAAGAUAAAAAUAUCCAUAAGUAUUUAUUCUACAUGUUUGAAAGUUUACUUAACAAAAUUAUCUUAACAAAAAAUUUAAAUUAUGUAGAUUUCCUAUUCUUAAUUUUAAGAUACAUUACAUAUAUGUGGGUAUUUUUAUCUAAAGAUGAUAAAUUAGUUUUAAUAUUUUAUUAUUAUUUUAAGUUUGUUGAUUUAUUAUUUAAUAUAAAAUUCAUUAAAUGUUCUUUUUUAAUAAACAUAUACAACAUUCUUAUAUAUUUUUAUAUUAAAGGUAAUAAAAAAAUUGUUUUUACUGUAAAAAAUUUAAAUGAAAAAGAGGUGAGCUCUUAUAUAAAAGAUGUAAUAUUAGAAUUAAAUAAAAUUAUUAUAAAUGAAAAUAGUAAUUUUAUAAAAAGUUUUGAAAAAGAAAGUUUUAUUGAUUUUCAAAAUGAUAUAUCAGAAAAGUUUCAUAAAAUAAAUUCAACAAAUAUAGAAGAUGUUGGUAGUAUGAAUUAUUAUAAUUUAUAUAAUUAUAUUUGGAUGUGCUACUAUGAAGAUAAUAAUAUUUUUGAAGAAAAAAAAGGAGAUAACGAAGAACCAAAUAAGAAAAAAAAAAGUGGAAAUGAAAAAAACUUCUCUUUAAUAUUAAAAUAUGUAAAUAAUAGAAAUAUUGAAAAUAUAUUAGGUUUAAAUUUUUUUUCCAUUAAGAGUAGCUAUAAUAUGUUUAUAAACUUUGUUAAGAAUUUGUUUAAAAUAACGUUUUAUGAUUUUAAUAUAUUUUUUUUUUUUUUGAAUUUGUUAAAUUUGGAAUUCUUUUUUAUCUACUUUCACAUUUUUGAGAUCCUUUUUUAUAUAAGAACUAUAGAAAAUAAAAAAGAGGAAAUAAAAAAAACAAAAAUAAUAUCAUUUGAUACAAAUAUUAAUAAUUCUGUAUCUCCUAAAUUAACAAAAAAAAUGGAUAAUUUACAAAAUAAAGAAGAUAAUUUUAAUGAAUGUAUCUUUUUAAAUAAUAAGAAUAAUAAGAAAAUAUUAUGGAGUAUUAUGUUUGAUGAAUUAAGAAAAAAUUUUAUUGCUGAUACGAAAAAUGUUAAUUACACAUUAAAAGUCUUAAAAUUUACUUUUAAUUUUUUUUUAUUCGACGAACAUUUUUUUUUGAAAAAUAAUUUAAGUGAAAAUUUCGUAAUAAAAAAGGAAUAUAAUUUUUCAUUUAUUUCACCUAUAUAUUUAAAAGAAUUAUUAAAAUUUAAUUUAAGUUACCUUUGUAAUUUAAUGAAUUCUAGAAAUUUAAAUGAUGAAAUUGUUUUCAAGGCUACUUCUUAUGUAUUUUAUCUUUUGUCCAAGUUAAUAUGCAAUGUAAAUAAUAACAUUAAAAAAUUUAUUUUAUUGAAUAAUGAUAAUAAUCUAAGUUUUAUCUCUCUUAUUUCUUAUAUUCAUAAAUACUUUAAAAAACUCUAUAUUGAUAAGAACACAGACGAAGUAUUACAAAAUGGAAAAGAGGAUAAUAAUAUAAAUAGCACUUAUAAAUUAAAAUAUUCAUUUACAACAUUAGAAAAAUUAUAUAAAAAAAUUCAAGAAUGCUUAUAUGUUGUUUUGACUAUUGAUGAUUUUGUUGAAAAUUAUAUAAAAAAAUUUAUAAACUCAGAUAAUAAUUGUGCUAAUAAUUAUGAUUUGUAUACUUGUGUAAUUAUAAAAAUAAAUAAAAUUAAUAUGUUUUAUUCUAAUUUAGAUAUAAUUAAAAUAUUAUCAGAUAAAGAUAAAAGUAUAUUUAGAAAAUAUAUAUAUACAAUAAAUAAAAAUCAUGAAAAUUUUAUUUCUUUGUUUUCUUUCCUAUUAAAUAUAGAUUUUAAAGAAAAUGAAAAUGAAUUAAUUUUGAAGAAAUAUAUCCUUGAUUUAAAAAAAAAAAAUUACAAAAGCAAAAAACUUAUAAAACUAAUGAAACCUUAUCAUUCUCCAUUAAAGUACAUUAUUUUAAAAAAUGAAAUUCAUGAAAGUAAUAUAAAAAAAAAUUCAUUAAAGAGGAACGAAAAGGAAGCAAAAUUGUACCAAUCCAAUUAUGGAUAUUUCAUAGAAAAUAAUGAAUCAGAAAAAUUAAAUGAUAAAAAAAAAAUAGACAAAUACCAAUUAGACAAUAAUAUAGAAAAAGAAAAUGGUAUCUACGAAGAAGCUAAUGACUCUAGUUGUGAAGAUAGUGAUACAGAUGAAGAUGAUGAUGGAGAUGAUGACGAAAGUGACGAUAAAUAUACUGAUGAUGAUGAGAGAAGCGAUAAAUUUAAUUGUGAAAAUAAGGAAUAUAUAAAAUUAAAAGAAGGAAAAAUUAAUACAAUGAAAAAAAAAAAAAAAGAUAUGCCUAUAUUCGAAAAUUCCUUUUUUUACAUAAACAAAAACUUUAAAAAAAUAAAUAUUGAUUUAAAAAUUUUUUGUCAUAAUAUAAUUUUAUCUGCGAAAAGAUGUAUACUAAUUUCAGAGAGUUUACUGGAUUAUUUUAAAAAGAAUAAAGAAUAUGAAGUUAAUUUUAAUAUUUUUGUAUGUAAAAGUAUAUUUGUUAACUUUCUGAAAGUAUCUCUUCUAAAUAUUAGUCUUUUUUCUUAUAUAUGCAGCAAAUUAAAGUUUGAUGAUGUUUUAAAACUAAUUUAUGAUUCAAAUUUAGUAAUAUUAGCUUAUAAUAUUUUUGAUAAGUAUGUUAGUUUUGUAUUGGAUCAAAAUAUUGAAAAAUUAAAUCAAUAUAGAAACAAUUUUCAUUUUUCUACCAAAAAAUUAAAUAAAAAGGAAAAAUUUUCCAAUAAAUCUGAUGAGAAAUCGUUCAUUUACUAUCAUUUAUAUCUUGAUGAUAUAUAUGAAAUUUUAAGUGAUAAAGAACAUAAGAGCAAUUUUUUUUUAUCAGAUAAUAAUGAAUUUAUUGAAACAUUAUAUUUAAACACUUUUUUAAUUACUAUAAACAUUAUAUCUGUAUGGGAGAUAUAUUUAGAAAUCCCUUUAGAGGUUCUUAAUAAAAUGAAAUACACUUUUUUUGAAUUAUUUUAUAAUACUACUAUUAAAAUUGUAAAAUUCAUUAAAAAAGAUAAGAGCUUCUUUUUUUUAUUAAAUAUUUUAAAAUUUAUUUAUACAAAAUUUAUAAGUUUGCCUUUUAAUCCAAUAAAUAUACAUACAACAAUUAAAUUGCACGAUUUUUAUGAAUUUCUUAUUAAUGAGAAUUAUACUGAUUUAAAAAAAGAAGAUAAAUUCAGUAAUGACAAUAUUUAUUUGAAUUCUGUUAGCCCCUUAAAAUUAUUAAGUAAUAAAAUAGAUGAGAUGCCUGAUAAGGACAAAGAUAUUAACAAUUUUAAUCAUACUAAUGUAUUGAGUAUCAAUAAAAAAAAAAGAGUAAGCAUAGGGGGUUUAAUUCCUGUAUUUUUAAAUAAUGAAAACGUAAAAAAAAGGAAAACAAAUAUUGAUUAUAUAUCUUAUAAUAGCAUAGACAAGGAAAAUUCUUCAAAUUUUACGUGGAAAAAAAAUAUUUGUAAUGAUGAUUUAUUAAAAAAUGUAAAUGAAAAUAAUAAUAUAAAAUAUAAUUUUUAUGAAAAUGUAAAUGAAACACCAAAGCAAAAUUAUAAUAUGAUAAAUUUACCUUCAAAAGAUAAUGUAGAUAAAGAUAAUAAAAAUAAAGAUAUAAACAAAUUUAGAAAUACAUAUUUGAGUAAUUAUUAUAUACCACAUAUUGAUUUAUUAUUUAUUAUUUUAGACUUAGAAGUGUUUUACUACUUUGAAAAAAAAAACUAUAAAAAAAUAAUAGUAAUCGUUGAAAAUAUAUUGAAUAAAAUAAUAAACAAAUGUGAUUACAACACAAAAGAAUAUUUGAGAUCAUCUAUAUCUUAUAUUUAUAAUUAUUAUCAACAAAUAUAUAUUACUAAUAAUAAAAUAAAUAUUCAAAGUUGUACAGUUAUUAGGCACAUAUUUAACCUUUAUGUAAAAUCUAAAGUGUUCCAUUUAAGCAAAAAGAUUAAAAAAUACAUAUUUAAUUGUAAAAAAAAUUAUACAAAUAAUGAUUUACUGAAAUCAAAUUACAAUAAAAUCUAUAAUAAUUUUUUAAAUGAUGACAAAUGGAAAUAUUUUUUUUAUUUUAAUAAAGUUGUAAGUAUUAAUCAUGGCAAAGAAAGGAAAGAACAAAAAAAAAAAAUAAUAAUUGACAAUUUAUUAGUUAUACAUAUAAAUACAUUAUUAUUUCUUAUAUUCUAUGAAUAUUUAUCGAAAUAUAUUACUAAAAAUUUUAUAUUUUUUUUUAGAUUCUUUUUUUUUUUGUUUAACAAAUUAUGUAUUGAUAUUUUAAGGUUGGUAAAUGAAUCAAAUCAUUUAGAAUUUUUUAAUAUUUUUGAUUAUAUAAAUAAUUCUAAUGAUGAAAAAGGAGAAGUAAUAGAAAAAUUAAAAAAACAACUAUGUAGAAGCAAUAAUUUAAUGGAUAUAAAUAAUAAUAAACUCAUUCACUCAAAAAAAAAUAUAAAAAAAAGUAUAAAUAAACAAAUUAUUAUAAUUGAUAUUGAAGAAUUAUUAGUUACUUAUAUUCAAAUAAAUUUUAUUUUUUGUAGAUCAUGUUGUUUUCUUACUUUUUUUAAAAAUGUGUGUUCUCAAAAAUAUGAAAUAAUUUUAAAAGAAAACAUUACUAAUAACUAUUUUGAAAAAUUUAAAAAUAAUAGAUAUUUUUUUGACUUUUUUGAUUUUAAAAAGGAGGAAAAAAAAAGUAACGAAAAAAUUGAUGAUGAAAAUGUAGGAAAUGAAAGAUUAGAGAAUAUUUAUGAUAUAAAAGAUAAAAAAAUAAAUACUUCCUAUGAUGAAAAUUCCGAUGAGAAAUAUGAAAGUGAUACUAGUAGCAUUAAUGUAUCCCAAUCAAGUUUUACAUUAAUAGAAUAUACUGAUUAUUCCAAUAAUUUAGAUUAUAUAUUUUUAGAAUUUAUUUUAGAAAAAAUUGAAGAAAUGGAUGUAGAUCAUUAUUAUAAAAAUGUUUUAAAAAAUUGUUAUUAUGUAAUAAAAAUAGAAAUGUUUUAUAAUUUUAUUUACAAUAAUGUAGAAACGUUAAAACGAUUCUUAUAUUUAAAUAAUGUUUAUUAUUUAUAUAAAUUGUAUUAUCACAUUUUUGUAUGGAAUAAUAAAAUAUGUAAGAAAAAGGAUAUAACAUCAAAGACAAAAAUUUACAAUAAUUUGUAUACAAAUAGCAGUAUAUAUAAUAAUAUAUUUGAUGUGUUUCCUUUAAAUGAUAUUUUAAGAGAAAAAUUAAAUAUAAACUAUAUAAAGCUAAAAUGUUAUGAUACUUGCUCUUUUGAUAUAAAUCCUGGUAAUAUUGAUAGCCAAAAUUUAGCUACUCAAUAUAAUAACGAGAAUGUAAUAAAUAACAUUAAAAAUAAUAUAUUUCAGGAUAAUUAUAUAGAAAAUGAUUUUUUUUUAUGUAACAUUUAUAAUUUUAACUUAAAAUUAUUUCAUCCCUUAAAUAUUGAAAAUAAUUUAAAUAAGGAAAAACAGAACAUAUAUAAUAGUUUAUUAAUCAUUAAUAAAAAUUAUUUAAUAAAUUUAAAAAUGAAAUAUAAUAAAAUAAAUAAAUAUAUCAAUAACUAUAUGUUAAGUAUUUACUAUAUAGUACUAUUUUUUUAUUUUAAUGAAUAUAUAGAAAAAAAUAAAUUGUCCUUUUAUUAUAUAAUAUAUAUUUUUCAAAAAAAAUUUGAUACAUUUAAUAGCAAUAUUUGUAAUAUUUCUUUCCUUAAUGAAAAAAUGAAAAGUUCAGAAAAAAAAAAUUAUAAUUCCUUCAAAAUAUAUAAACAGAAUCAUUUAAAAAGAAAUAUCUUUCUUAUUUUUGAAAUUUUAAAUAAUAUAUAUGAUAUAUAUUAUAACAACGUAUUUGAGAAUCCCAAUUUAUGUAAUGAAAUAGUAAUAAAAAUUGAUGUAAAACUAAUUGGUUAUUUAAGUGAAAUAUACAAAAUUGCAUUUCUAUAUAAGAAUUUUCAUCAUUGUAUACAUAUUUUGAUAUUAUGCGUAAUGUUUACAUCUAAAUUUUGGUCAAUAUUUAUAUUUAAUGAAAAACAUGAAUAUAAAAAAUUUUGUGGAAGUUCAUAUAAAAAUAAUAAGGAAAAGGAAUACAAAAAGACAGAAAAAAAAAAGGACGAAAAAAAAGAUACAUUUAGUUAUAAGGUAAGCACAAAUGAUAUAAACUCAAAAGAAAAAAAAAAAUAUAUUUUUAAUAAUGUCAUAAAAGAAAAACAAGACAAAUAUAAACAGAGGAAACAUAGAAGAACAUAUAUCUUAGAUAUAAUAUAUAACAAAAUAACAUCAAAUGUAAAUGAAAAUAAUAUUAAAGAAAUAUAUAAUGAUUUACAUAAUUACAUGCAAACGUUAAUAAUUUGUGUAUCCAUUUUUUAUCUAGCUUUUUUGUGUAUGGAAAAAGUAUAUAAGAAUAAAUUUAAUAUCCUUUUUUUAAAUUCUGCUAAUAAUAUUUAUUAUUAUUAUUUAGACUUUUUUGAAUAUAUUAAAAAAUUUUGCGAGAAAUAUUGCGCAGAUAAAUUAUAUUUAUCCAAUUUUUUUUUUGAUAAUUAUCACUUAAAUUUAAUUAAUUUGAAAUUUCAAGCUCAUGUAAAAGCAAAAAUAUAUAAAUUGAAAUUAGAAAAAUCAAAAAAAACAAAUAGAAACAAUGUAAAUAAGAAAAUUUUUUAUAAAAGUACCAAUGAUAAUAUGUGUAAUAAGAAUAAUAUAAUUAUAGAAACAAAAUGUAUUCUUAGAAAAAAUAAUAAUAGUGAUAUUGAUUAUGAUAAUUUUAUAUAUUCAGAUAAUUAUUAUGAACAGAUUCAUUCGAAUUUUUCUUAUUUAUUUUAUUAUAAUGAAAGGGUAAUUAAAGAUUGUAUUAAUAAUUUAAAGAAAAUAGAAAAAAAAUACGAAAAUGAUCAUAAAAAUUUUUUUAAAAAUAAUAUUUGCUUAUAUUUUAAUAUUAUUAAAUAUUUAUAUAAGAAAAAGACAAAAUAUUUAAGUCUUUUGUUAUUUGCUAAUACUUACAUUAUUCCAAUUAUAACCUUUAUGAAAUUUACUAUGAUUAAAUAUUUUUCUUACUUUAAUAUAUCCUCUGAUUUUUUUUCUCUUAAAUUUGAACAUCCUUUGUAUGAAUUUGAUAUUGAUAUGAUAACAAAAAUAAAAAAAACAGAUGAUGAAAAAGAAAACUUAAAAAUAAGCAACAAAGUUAUUCUUAUGAAUUUAGAAAAUCUUUUUUGUAAUAUGUUUUUAAACAAAGAUAUUUUUUAUUAUAUAAAAUUUAUAAAUUUAUAUUAUAAGAAGAUUUCUAAAAUACUAUAUAAGGUAAAUAAUUUUCUUCUUAGUUAUUAUUAUUUAAAGAAAAAUGUUUUAUUUAUAUGCAAUUUAAUUUAUUUUCCAGAAAUUAUUCAUAAUUAUUUUCUAUUAACAAAUAUUAUUUUGACUUGCGGAAAAGAAAGAAUUGAGUUAUUAACUCAAGAAGAAAUUUUUUUUGAAAAUUUGAAUGAUGAUUUAGAUAUAUAUGAAAAAAAAAAAUUUGAUAAUAAUGAAGAAACCCCAAAUAAACAAAAAAUAAAAGAUAUUGAUGAUUUUAAAAUUUAUGAAGAUGAUGAUUUCUUAAAUAUUAACUACAUAGAAACUCCUCUUAAUACGUAUUUGACUAAAAGGAAUAUAUAUGAAUAUAAAAAUUUAUUAAAUAGAUUCUUUGAUUAUUUAAAUUUAAUAAUAGGAAAUAUUGACAAUAUGGAUAUGUUGACCACUAAAUAUAAAAAGGAAAUUCUUCACAUAUAUUGUUUAAUUAUUUUAAAAAAAAAACAAUCACAUCAUUUUUACAGUAGUAUAAAGAAAAUACAACUUAAAAAGGAAUCUGCAACCUAUGAAAAUGAUACAAAAAUAUAUGAAAACAAUAAAAAUAAAACUACUACUGAUUUAAUUAAUAAAAUCAAUUUAAAUAAAGAUUUAAAUUUAAUGGGUCAAAUAAAUUUAAAAGACGAAAUAAAUUUGAAGGAUAAUAAUACAAAUGUAACUAAUGAACAUGAAAUAUUUGAUACAGAAAAUAUUAAUUAUAAUGAACUAAAUAAGGAUAAAAAUGAAAAAUGGAACGAUCAAAUAAAUUAUUUUGGUAUAGAAUUUUUAACAUGUUUUAACAAUUGUAACAAAAAAAAAAAAACUUUUUUUAAUUUUUUAUUUGAAAAUUUGUUUCUUAUAAAUAAUGUAGAUACAGAUAUAUUUAAUAUUUCUCUAAAUAAUGAAGAAAAAACCACUAACAUUAUAAAAUUUUUCGUUCUCAAGGAUAUAAAUAACAUUAAAGUUAUAAAUUAUAAAAAUGAUUGCUACAUAAAUAAUUUUAUAGAAAGUAAUGAGAAUUUAAAUGAAGAUGGGGAAAGUAAAAUGAAACAAUAUGAAGAUACAAGUAUAAAUAUAGAAGAAAAUGAAUUUCUUGAUUAUAAUAAUUUGAAUUUAUGUUUAAGUUCAUUUAAGCUUAAUGAUAUUUUAGUUUUAAAUUACUUAUAUUUAAAUUAUAAUUUUAAGGAUAAUUUAAUUUAUGUUAGAAAUUAUGUUAAUAAUAGAUUAUUUACAUAUAAUUGUAGAAGAAUGAAUACUUAUUUUAUUAAAAUAUUAUUAUACUAUAUAAAUUUGAUGUUCUUAAAUAUAAAAAAUAUAUUUUGUGAUGACUGCAUAUAUACUAUAAAAAAACAACAAUUUUUAAACUCUUCAGCAAAUGACUGUUCUAGGAAUAUUUUUUUUUUGUUAUUCUUAAAAGUUUUUAAUUUUUUUAAUUUCUCUAAAGAAACUUUAAUUGAAAUAUGUUCUAAUUAUUUUCCAGGUAAUAAAUAUCAUAAAUAUUUAGAAUUUUUAUCAAAAAAUGAUGAACAAAAAGAUGAUAAUAUAAAAAUUAAAAACGCUUUUAAUGAAAACCAUUCGUAUAGGGGAAAUUCAGAAAAUACCAUUAAUAACAUUCUUGAUUUUAAUAAUAUCACAUUUGAUAAUUAUGAUAAAAUACUAUUUCUUAAUUUUGUAGAAAUUUUCCUGUUUCCAUCUAGAGAUUGCAGUUAUUUUGAAGUAUUAACUGUAUGCUAUGAAUUUUUAACAAAUAUUAAAGAUGGCAACAGUAAAAUUAUUAGAAAACAAAAAAAAAAAAAAAUGUACUUUAUUUUAAAAAUUAUUAUCAUAGAAGCAGAAAAUGAAAAAAAAAAUUAUUUUUUUCAAACUAUUUUAAUAUAUUUAUCCUUAUUGCUAUAUAAUACUCACAAAAAAUCAUUUAUCUAUGAAAUGAGAAGAAUUGCACAAUUUUUUUUAGAUUUCGUCUUUUUUUUCAUAGAGAAUAUAAAAAAUAAUUUAAUUAUUUUACAAAUAAUAGAAUCCUAUGCAAAUAAUUUAUAUAUCAUAGAUGAAAAUAAGAGAAGUAAUAAGUUUUGCUUUAGAAAAAAAAAAUAUUUCUACUUGUUAAAAUUUUACUUUAGAAAAUUAUUAUCUUUACUUUAUCUAUAUACAGACGAAUUAAUACCUUAUACUAUUAAAAGUAGUAUUGAUCAGGAAAUAAGUCAAAAAAAUUAUUAUAGAAAAAAUGUUAAUAAAAAUUUAAAUAUUGAAAUUAUAUAUAAUUAUGAGUAUAUAAAUCAAAUGGAUUUAAGUAAUUUUUGUUUUUAUUGGGAUUAUUCAAUAGUAUCAAUGAGUCAUGAUAAAAGCGAUUUAUAUAUUUCAAGAUGUUUUAAAAAUUUUCUAUUAUUAUUAAUUAAUUUAUUUAAAAAAAAUGAAGAUAAUAAUUUAGAUAAAGAAAUUUCUUUAAAUGAAGAAGGGUGUUUAAAUAAAGAAAACUGUUACUAUUUCUAUGAAAAAACAUCUAAUUUUUUUAAUAUUCUAAAUAAUAAGGAAAUUUUAGAAAAAUUUUUCGAUGAUGAUAAUAUUUAUAUGCUUAAAGAUAAUUUAAUUGAUUUUUUAUAUGAUAACAAGGAUAAUAUAAAGGAUAAUGUUAAUGAUAAAAAAAAAGAAAUAUUUAAAGAUUCGAAUUGCUAUCUUAAUUUUUAUAAAAAUAAGGUCCAUUUAAAUAAUAAUUUAUUAUUUGAAAAGAAAGAAAAUUAUAAAAACAAAAAUACAAAAGAUGAAAAUUUCGAUUCAGAAUAUAUACAUAGAAAAAAUGAAAAAAUAAAUGAAAACAAUGUAUUACAAAAUAGCUUUAAUUUGGAAAAAAAUAAGAAAAAAGAAAUAUUAAAUAAUAUGAACAAAGACAAUAUAUUUUUUUAUUUUGAUUCAAACAAUAUAUCUGAUAAUAAUAACAUAAAAGAAAACGUUGGAAUUAAUUUAGAGAUGCUACAUUUUUUUUCAUCUCUGUAUAGAAACGCUAGUAAUUGUAUCAAUAAAAAGAAAUAUGAAUAUUUUCAUGUUGAUAAAAUACACUUAAAUAUAGAAAAAUUUACUUUUAAGGAAAAAUGGAAUUAUAUAAAAAAAUUAGAAAGAAUUUUAAAACAGUAUCAACAUAUGAUAAAAAUAAUGUGCGAAAUAUUACAUGAAUCAAAAAAUGUAGAUAGAAAUAGAAGUAAUUUAAAAAAGUUUAUUGACUUAUGGUGGAAUAAUAGAUACACAUUAGAACAGCAUUUGAAAAUACUAAAUUUAGAUAUAUCUAAUAAUUUAGGUUUUUCUAUACAUAAAUUAAUAUCUGCUCCUUUAAUUACUUUAAACAUUAAGAAAAACAAUGACUGUAAUGAGAAUAAUAAUUAUUCAAAUGAUAUUUCAAAAAAGAAUAUAACAAAUGAGGGGAAUAUCAAACAUGUAAAUAAAAAUAUAUGUGGCAUUAUUUCACCUGCUAAUAACCAAAAAUAUUAUUUAAGAAGCAAUUUUGAUAUUUUUGUAGUUUUUUUUUAUUAUUCUAAUAUGUUAAAUAUUAUUUCGUGGAUAAACAAAUGGAAGAAUUUUUUUCUUUCAAUAAAAUAUUGGGACGAAUUGAAUUUUAUAAAUAUUCUUUUAAAUUUAAGUGUUUUUUCUAUUGUUAUAAAAAAUUGUAACAUUCAAAUUAAUCAAGUAAAAAAAAAAUAUUUGAAGUUCAAUCACAAUAUAAAGAAAGACAAUAAUUAUAAUAAUAGCAUGCUAGUUAAAAAAAAUUCAUUAGAUAUAAAUAAAACAGCAACAUGCUAUUUGCCUUUUUUUAAUAAAGAUAUUGAAACUAUAUUAACUUCAGAAAAGAAAAUUGAGAAAAAAAGAGGAAGAAGAUAUACAUAUUCUGAAAAUGUAAAUUUACAGAAAAAUGAUGAUGAACUGGAUAUUACUAAUAAGCCAAAUUGUAGCAUAAAAGAAAAAAAUAGUGUAAAUAAAAAUUAUAAUAAUCCAUUAGAGGAUGAUGAAAAUUCAACAAUGUCAAAUAUUAAUAAUCAAUAUAGGAUUACCUCACCAAACAUAAAAGAAAAUAUUUAUUUGUGUAACACGAACAGUAAUAUUAAAAAAAUUAGAAAAACUACCAAUAUAAUUAAUAACUUAAAUAAUUCAAAUAUAUAUGAUAAAGAUGUUAUUAAUAAAAAUGAAAAAAGACAAAAAAAAAAAGACAAAAAAAUAAAUUCAACAAUUUACAAUUAUUUGAGCCCACUGAAAGUAGAUGAUUCAGAAAGUUCUAGAGAUAAAUAUGGGAAUGUUUUUUUGAAAAACAAAAAAAAAAGGAUUACAGUAGCAGGAACAUUAAAUGUGAAUGAAAUAAAGAAAGAUGGAGGGAAAAAAGAAAAUAAUUAUUUAAAAUAUUUAGAUUUAAAAAAAAUAUGUGAUAAGGGUAUAUUAAAAUGUUCAUUUUUAAAAUUAAGAAUGUAUUUAUAUAAUAUAUUAAUAGAUAUAUUUGAAAACAACCAGGUUCAUCCGAAGGAGAUCUUUAAUAUCUUUAAUAAUAUUACUCACUCAUUUAUUACUGAUAUUAUAAAAUGUAAUAUAUUAGUAGAUGAAUCAGAUAAAGAAAAAUAUAUAUAUGUUAGGAGUAUAGAAAGUAAAAGAACUAGAAAAAAUCCAAUUAUUAUAUACAUACACAAUAAUUUAAACAGGCUUCCUUUUGAAAAUUUGGAGCCUUUAAAAGAUUCUUACAUAGUUAGAGGUGUACAUAAAAGUGUAACAUCUUAUUUAUAUGAAAGAUUGUUAAGAAAAAUAAAAAAAGAAGAAAUACAAAGCAAUGAAGAUAUAUUUUCAAAUAGCAGUGAAGGUGAGCUUACAGAAAAAAAAUACAAAGAUGAUGGAAGUGAGGAAUUUGAUAUGAAUGAAUAUAUAAAACAAGAAUAUUGUAAAAAAUGGAAAUUACCUAUGUGUAAGGAUAAUAAGGAAACAACACUUAUUUAUAGUUAUGAUUUAUGUGAAUCCUUAGAAUCCAAAGAAAAAAAAAGAGAUAUGGAAAUUAUAGUUAAUAGAAAUGAAAAUAAUACCAAUGAAAUUGAUAAUUUACAAUAUUUAAAAAAGAAAAAUAUUAGUGUUUCAAAAAAUAAAGCAGAUAUGUUUUAUGAAUUAUUAAAUUAUCAAGAAAAAAAUAUUUCUAAAAAGGAUAGCUCCAUUAAUCAUGAUAAUAAUAUUCAAAUAACAGUAGUUGACCAUAAAAAUAAUUUUGAUAAAUUAAAAACAGAUAACAAAAAUUAUGAUCAUUGCCAUUCAAUUUACUCUAUAGAGUGUAAUAAUAAUGAAGAAAAACGAAAGACAAAGAGUAAUAAGAGUAAUAAAUUGAAUAUACAUGAUAUAUAUAAUAACUCGAUAUAUUCAAGUAGCUCUGAUUUAGAAAAUAAAAAAGAGUUACAAAGUAAAGAUAUAUAUAAUCUGAUUAUUACUAAGGAUGAAAAAAAAGAUAUUAAAAAUGAAAAAGAAAUUUGUGAAAAAGAGAAAAAUAGUAAAAAAUCAAGGAAAAGUGUUUGUAUUGAAUAUUCUUUUAUUAAUCCUUUUAAUAACAAGAAUAAAAAAAAGUCAAUGAAUUUGCCAUUCAACGAAAAAGAAUUUAAUAAUAAAGAUAAAAUAAUCAAAGAAAAUGAAAAUACUGUUCAUAAUAAUUUAAAAAAGGUUGAAAUAGAUAAAUUGAAAACAUGUAAAUUGAGAAAAAGAUCUAGUGUAAAAAGUUCUUAUCCAUCUUCUUCAUCCUCUUCAUCUUUAUCUUCUGUGGAAUUUAUUCAAAAAGAAGAUGAGCUUCGUAAAAUAUUUAUGAAUGCUAGAAAAUCAAUGAAUAUUCAUAAUAUAAUGGGUAUAUAUAAAAAGGAUUCAUCUGAUUUUUGUAAUUUCGAAAAGAAAAGAAAAAAAAGUGUGAGUGAAUCAGAAGCAUACUUUGAUAAAGAGAAAAAAUUAAGUUCUUUAGUAGAGUCUUGUAGAAAAGAAAAAAGAAGAAGUUAUUCAACAGAUGUAGAGCACCUUUCAAAAUCAUCAAAAAAAAAAUAUAUAAAAUACAUUCCUUAUUAUAUUAAUAGUAGUAGAUUGAUUGAUCCUAAAAAAAGUAAAAUAUUUUUUGUAAUAAAUCCUAAUGGAGAUUUAAAAAGAACGGAGGAUGCAACAUAUCCAUUCAUAUAUUUUAAAAAUAAAGAAAAAUAUAAGUACAAAAAUUGGAAUGGAUUUUUUGGUAAGGUUCCUUGUGAAAAUAUUUUAUUAAAACAUUUAUGCAACGAUGACUUAUAUUUAUAUUGUGGCCAUCAAGGUGGGGAGCAAUAUAUAAAAAAGGAAAAUGUUCAAAACGCUAUUUUAAGCUAUGAUGAAAAUUUAAAAAAGGAUAAAAAGGAAGAAAGAAGUUCAAAGUUAAAAAAAAACAGUGAAAUUGAUGUUUCAAAAGGUAAAGAAGAAAAUAAUUGUGAUCUUUUAUCAGAAUGUAACAAAAAGAAAAGAAGAAAUUCUUGUAAAUUUGAUACAAAGAAAACUAUUAUUGAAAAACGAUCUAAAAGAAAAAGUUUAGGAAAUUUGAAUGAUAUAAAUAAUGUCAAUAACUUAUACUCAAAAAAUGAAACAGAUGAUUUCAAUUUAAUUCUUAAUAAAAAUGAUGGAAUAAAUUGUUGUGUGUUUUUAAUUGGUUGUAGUUCAGGUUUAGUUUCAUCACAUGGUUUCGAUUUAGAUGUUUGGGGAACUCCAUAUGACUAUAUUGUUGGUGGAUGUAUUUUUAUUUUUGGUAAUUUAUGGAAUGUAACCGACGGGGAAGUAGACGGAUUUACACAGAAUUUUUUUUGGAAAUGGACUCAGCCAAAUUCUUCUUCUUUAUUUCAUUCAAACUAUAAUUAUGUAAAUAAUUAUGUGCAAAUGGACAUGUUAAGAAUUAAUUUUAGUUUAUUUAUAAACUUAUUAAAGAAAAAUUAUCAAAGAGAAAAGGAGUUACAUAAUCAAAAUAUAGAAAAAAAUAAUUUAAUAAUUGAUAUUAGUGAUAACUUUGUUACUCUAGAUAUAGAUACUUAUAAAUAUUUUAAGAAGAAUAAUUUUUUUUAUGAAUAUUUUCAAAAUUGCUAUAAUUGUAAAAUAAUCUUAAAUCAAAAUAUUUUUAAUAUAAAUCAAAAUCAAAAAUAUCUUUGGUUAAGUAUGACUGAAGCAUUGGUUGAAGCUAGGCAAUUUUGUCGCCUACCCCAUACAACAGGUUCUGCUGUUGUCAUUUACGGCUUACCUUUAUAA